AAUCAACCUCCACUUGAAUUUUAACCUCCAUCUCCUCUAGUUAUCUCUCCUUAUUUCAGACAUUUGAUGCAAGCAACAAAAGUUUUAAGGCUCACAUAGUGGUCAAUAUGGCGUUCAAAGGAAUUGAGUUGGGUCUUGCCCUGGUCUUAGUGAUCAUGCUACUGGGUCGAGCCACAGCUCAAUCAAGUUGCACCAGUACACUAGCAAGCCUGGCUCCAUGCCUCAACUACGUUACCGGAAACUCAUCAACCCCGUCGUCUUCUUGCUGCUCACAGCUCUCAAUAGUUGUACAGUCAUCGCCGCAGUGCCUUUGCUCAUUGCUCAAUGGCGGAGGUUCCACAUUGGGCAUCACCAUAAACCAAACACUUGCUCUAUCUCUUCCUGGUGCUUGUAAUGUGAAAACUCCUCCCGUUAGCCAGUGUAAAUCUGCCAAUGGACCUACAACUUCUUCAGCAAGUACUCCUACAGCGAGUUCCCCAGCGGAUAAUUCCAACAAUCAAACACCCGAAGAUGCAAAUACACCUGAAGCUGCAAUUACACCUUCAGCCUCAGAUGUUCCAGCAGGAGGGUCUAAAACAGUUCCAUCAACAGACGGCGACACAUCCAAUGGAAGCAGGAGCAUCAACGCACUCCUUCACUUCGUGCUCUUCCUCAUUUUCGUUGUAUCCUGUGCUUCAAGCAUCACCAAAUUUUGAGUCUUUGGCAACUAUAUAUAUUGUGGUUAUAAAAAUAUUUCGACUAGUUGCCCCAGUGGAUUACGUGUUCCUUUAUGUAAUUUGUUCGAACUAUAUAUUAUGAGAAGAUCUUAUUAGAAAAAUAAAAUAUUA